GGCGCUGUAACUAAUUUACCUGCCUGUCAUUGUGCUGUCAGGGAAUGAAUGUGUACGGCUAGCCGGCUGGUAGCUUUGGAAAUGUUGCCACUAUCAGAAUGAUAUCGCAGCGGGACAGAGGAGAACUUGCUCGGUUUUAUACUGUCACAGAUCCCAAAAAGCACCAGAAAGGCUACACUGUGUACAAAGUCACUGCAAGGAUAAUCUCCAGGAAGAACCCAGAGGAUGUCCAAGAGAUAACAGUAUGGAAGAGAUACAGUGAUUUCCGGAAGCUUCACCAGAACCUCUUGCAGCUGCACAAGAAUGUAUGUAGCCAGUCGGAGCUGUUUCCUCCCUUUGCCAGGGCCAAAGUCUUUGGUCGUUUUGAUGACUCUGUAAUUGAAGAAAGAAGACAGUGCUCCGAGGAUCUGCUACAGUUCUCUGCCAAUAUCCCUGCUUUGUAUAGUAGUCAGCACAUCCAAGAUUUCUUCAAGGGAGGUGAGGUCCACGACGGCUCAGAGCUCAUUGGACCAGCUGAACCUUUUUCUGAGUUCCUGGCGGACAGUUUAUCAGACUGCAGCUCUGACGUUCAAAAAGACAUCAGUGGUGCAGAUGAUUUGACCAUCACAUCUGAGUAUGGAGGCCCAUCCAGUGACAGCGACCUGACCUCCCUGGCUGUAGAUACAGACUCUUUGGCUGGGCUUGAUGAUGGCAUGGCCUCAGGCCGCACCUCCCCAAACCAAACACAGGGGGGAGCCACCAACAUUAGCAACAGCUGGAGCCCUCGCUUGCCCUCCCUUCACACACGCCGCACCCCGUCUCCUGCCGCAGUCCCUGCCUCCUCAGCCCCUAACCCAGAGGUCAGCUGGCCAGGCCAAACGCCACACUUCUCCAGAAGUCUGAAGAAAGCCAGCGGUGGCAACCCUAAGGACGUGAAGUCAGACUACCUGGACAGAGCCAGUGAGCUCAUCUGUUUGGCUGUACAGAAGGAGAAAGAGCUGGACUUCCAGGCAGCUUUCUCCUGCUAUCGCAGUGGAGUGGACCUGCUGCUGCAAGGAGUGCAAGGUGAGCCUAGUCCCACUCGGCGAGAGGCAGUGAAGAAGAAGACUGCAGAGUAUCUGAUGCGUGCAGAACAGAUAUCCAGUCAGCAUCUGAGAAGCAACAUGGGUCAAGGGUCAACACAGACAGUGGCUUUGGGGGCGCAGUGCUGCCCGUCCACCAGCAGAGGAGGCCAGCAGAGUCCAUCUGAGGAGCUGAGAGCUUUCAGGGUGCUGGGCGUCAUAGAUAAGGUUCUUUUGGUCAUGGACAAGAGAACACAAGAGACGUUCAUCCUAAAAGGUCUGAGGAAGAGCAGUGACUGUGGGCGGACUAAAAGAACAAUCAUGCCUCACUCUGUGCCCCACAUGGUGCGGCUAAGGAAGUUCAUUGUCUCUGAAGACACAGUUUUCCUUUUGCUGCAGUAUGCUGAAGGCGGGAAGCUGUGGUCUCACAUUGGAAAGUACCUUCGUAAUUCCAGCCCAGAGGAGAGCUUUGACAUUCCUUUCAUCCAGAAGAGCCACACUGCGGCGGUACACUCUCCACAACAUAUUGUACCACUUCUGGAUGUAGGUUCAGCCAGUUCUGGUUCUGGGCCGCUUGCAUGUUCUGAUUCAGUUUCAGGGCUGCAGAAGGAAGUGGAGGACCUCAUCACGUCUCCUCAGAAACGUGUUCUCCUCCCCAGGCUUAUCGAACAAAUCGGGGCCCAGUCAGACUCCAGAGCCAACUCUGAUGAAGAGUGCACCAACAGUUAUUUGACACUUUGCAAUGAGUACGAACAAGACAAAGUAGAACCAGAUGCACUAGAAGAGGAGGAAGGGAAGAGUGAACAGGAAAUGCUGUCACUGGAAGUGCCCAUAGCGACGACCACCCCUUCCUCACGUAGUCGCUCGUUGCUCAGCAACGACAGCCUCUCUUCACCUAUCAGCUCUCAGGAACUUGGCUUUUUCACAGAGUCGUCCGACAAAAGUGGCCACACCCUUGACAAUGAGCAAUACCACGGCGAGGGACAGGACCACGGUGAGGUGUUCAGUCCUUUGUCCUCGCCUGUUGUGCCUCUGUCUCUGGAUCAGUCCAAGCACACGCCAAUGGAGUUCUUCCGUAUUGACAGCAAAGACAGCGCAAGCGAGGUGACCUGUCUCGAUUUGGGAGAGCAGCGACCCUCUCAUAAGCAGGUCCCCCUCUUUUCUACGUCUGACCUGGGCUCGGACGUGACUGAGGAUUUUCCAGAGCUGGCUCAGGAGGUGAAGGGCCACAGCUUGGAGACUUGGGGGUUGGACUGUAGCGAUAAAGGCUCCAAUGAGUCAGUGCCAGUCAUUUCAUUUAAAGAGGCAGUAGUUGAGGAUGAGGGUCACCCACCAGACCUUUUGGUCAACCUGCCUGUAAUGAGUGGGACUGGAGACUCUUUACAGGAGGAAUUAAAGACUUCGGGUGUGUGUCUGGGCCUCGAGGCCACAGCCUCUCCUCAGAAGUUCAUCCAGCCUGAUGUUUUACAACUUCACAGCCAGUCUGAGGAAGGAGAAGAGCAGCCACUGGAGCAGGAGCUUUUAUCUUUGUGCACAGCUUCUGCAACUUGUGACACCAGUGUUGCAUCUUCCUCUCCCUUCAACUCAGUGUGGGAUGACUGCAGCUUGGUGUUUGGGCAAGAAGCCUCUGACAAAAUGGUGAUUCAUCCUGCAUGCCAAAAUAAUGACCUUCCCUUUGACCUUUCAGGUACUGACUCACCUAAAGAGAAACUAGAGGCCAGAGUAAAUACUGACAUGGAUCCAGAUCCAAACGGCACAGGCUCUAUCCCAGCCACAAACGAGUCUCGUGCAGUCUUGAGUGAGAGUUUAUCAGGUCUUGAUGGUGAAUCAUCAAUAGUUAUUAGUAAUGCAGGUGGCAGCGCAUUUGAUAAAGAAGUAUCACGGCUGUUUGCGGAGCUGGACGAGCUGUUACUGGCUGCAUCCCAAGCUUGUAUCCCAGAGGAGUUUGUACGGUGCUGGGCCAUAGAGAUGGUGACCGCCCUGGAUUCUCUGCACCAGGAGGGCAUCAUCUGUCGAGACCUAAACCCCAACAACAUCCUGCUCGACCACCAAGGUCAUGUUCAGCUUACCUACUUUUGUAGUUGGAGUGACGUGGAGGAGUCCUAUGACAAAGAGGCCAUUUCCAAUAUGUACUGUGCACCAGGUGAGAUAUACAUACAAGUCAGGGUUCAAAGUUAAUGUUUUUUUUUCCAUUUGCCAGGCAAAUGGGUCAGAAGUAUACAUGCCUGGAGUAAAUUUUUACUUUCCCCUAUAAAGACUGACUUAUUUAGAACCAGUUAUCAAAAAAAUGAUACUAAAGUUAAUUGUCAUGUUUAUUCUUUAGAAAUAAUGAAGUAAAUUAAUCAGACAGUGUGUCAUAGAUGCAAAGCAGCAAACAUUGUUGCAUAUUGAAAUGGUGUGACAGGUACCUCUCCUUCUCCCCAGAGAUGGACUUGUUUACUCUGAAGGUGCUUUCAGACCAAAAGUGAAGUGAGCAUUGGGGGCGGUGCAUUUACAUACAAAGUCAAUGCAAAGACGCGUGGAGCCGCGAUUUUCUGUCAGGUGCAAUGCGAAGGCCUUUGCAUGAGUUGAAUAUUUUCAACUCCAGACACUGAGUCGCAAUAGCCUAUCAGUGUUGAGCUUGUCUGCACGUCACCGAUCGCUUCAGAGCGUUGUGUGGAGAGGGCCAGGCAGAGCGGGAGAUUAAAAUUCUACUGGCUGGCGGAGAGCAGCUAAACUUGGGGGAGAGGAGCU